AUGGUGAUGAUCAAUGUGGAUCUCCGAUGUGCCAAUACUUCUGCUGCAGUUAGGCCUAUCAUGCCUUCGGUGGUGAGCAUGCUUGAGGGCAAAAUUGUUGUUCCAAUGUUGGUUUUAGGUCCAAGUGUCUCAAAUAAUGAAAUGAAAGAGGAAUUGUGGGAGCAUUUUCAACGAAUUGUACAACAGAAUAGGAGUGGAAACCAGACAGAGAGUAUCUCAACGAAUGGCCAAAGGAUUGCUUCUUCUACCUCUGCCGCUGAUCUAUAUCCAAUCAAUUUGGAUUCUGAUUACUCGGGGAAAAGAGCUUUGAGAAGUUGA